AUGGUGUCUCCUCAAAUUACCAACCUGGCCAUCAUCGUGGUGGCCAUGCAGCUGGCCAAGAAGAUCCCUUUUGAUGACCCUGAUGUUCUUCUUAUCGUCCGUGGCAUGUAUGUCUUGUCCAACGUGCUUAUCUUGGGUAUCUAUCUCUACACGCAGUCCAAGAUCAAGAGCAAGAAGGAUAUGGCUACGUUGAAGUACGUGGAGCCCGCUCCUCUCGGUAGCAACGAGGAGCCCCGUCCGGUGACCACCACCAACAUGGAGUACGACCAGGGGCAGUUGCGCCAGCUGUUCAAGGGACAACUGAUGGGUGUCGGUAUGAUGUGUGUGAUGCACCUGUACUUCAAGUACACCAACCCUCUCCUGAUCCAGUCGAUCAUUCCCCUCAAGAGUGCUCUGGAGUCGAAUCUGGUCAAGAUCCACGUCUUUGGAAAGCCCGCUACUGGUGACCUCGCACGCCCCUUCAAGGCUGCCAACAGCUUCUUGAACCAAGGUCAGAUCAAAAGUGACAAGGCUUCCGUUGAGAACGCGGAGAAGAACUGGAGGGGUGGUGUCAAGGAAGAGUAG